GUCUCUGUGGAGCCCGCAGGCUUCGCAAUGAAGAGGGUUUGGGGGUUCGGGAGGGAGAAAGGCCUGUCGCCCUUGGGCUCCGCUUCUGGCUUGCAGAGCCAGGCUUGCAGGGGCGUUGGGCAGAAGAAUAAUAGAACUGACAACUUGCUGUUGGGUUACCACGUCCGAGACAGAGAUCUCAGAAAGAUCCACAAGGCUGCCUGCGUGGGCAACGUAGCGAAAGUGCAGCAGAUUCUGCUCUUGGGGAAAAAUGGCGUGGAUGAUAGAGACAAGAUGAACAGGACUGCUCUCCAUUUGGCCUGUGCCAAUGGCCAUCCAGAAGUGGUGACCCUCCUAGUAGAGAGGAAAUGCCAGCUUAACCUCUGUGAUCAUGAAAACAGGACAGCUCUCAUGAAGGCCGUACAGUGCCAGGAAGAGAAAUGUGUAAACAUACUAUUGGAAAACGGUGCCGAUCCAAAUAUUAGGGAUGUGAGUGGCAACACUGCUCUCCACUAUGCGGCCUUUGGUGAUAAUAUAUCCAUAAUAGAGAAGCUGCUGCUAUAUAAUGCGAAUACUGAAGCAAGAAAUAAGGAUAACUUCACACCACUUCUAGUUGCUGUAAAUGAAAACAAACAGCAAAUAGUGGAAGUUUUAGUAGAAAAGGUGGCAAAUAUACAUGCAGAGGAUAAAUUAAAAAGCAGUGACGAAAUAAUUUGCCACCAUAAAGAAGAAAUCAUGCUUAAAAAUUCUCUGCAAAAUAGCAAUCCAGGAGCAGAUAAGAAUGCUGAGGAAGACUCUAUAACCAGCACUGAGAUGAAGAUACAGAUCCUAGGACAGAUCAACUCAGAAUGUCAAAGGCUUUCCGACAAACCUGGUCCUGAUUAUUCAUGGCCUACAUCAGCUAGCCAAGACUUCGAUUUUGGUACCAAGGAAGGAACAGCAAAGUCAGCAAUGGAAGCAAAGCAAGAUGGUGUUGGUAUUAUUGAAAAUGUGCCACCAGAGCAAACAGUUAAUGACAGUUUGCCUUCUGCUGGUGGAGUGCAUAAAAAUUACAGAAGCGAUAUGAUGUCAGCAUUAGAAUUGGGAGAAGAGGAAGAUGUAGAAUCACCUUCUCUUCCUGAGUGUCAAGUUCCAUUAAAGGUUGAAGAAAAAAAGAAGCACAGAGGAAGUGACAUGGAAGUAUCAGAAAACAUACAUGAUGCUGCGGCUGCUGGAUUAAUACCACAAAGACAGAAUGGAAAAACUGAUAACCACCCAUUGCCUAUUACAGAAAAAAAAGAUUCUGAUAGGAGUGAACCUGGUUUACAUAUGAAGAAGUUAAAGAAAGGUGAAAAUGAAAAAGGGACAUCAAAAGGAUCUGUGAUCACACCAGUGUUGAAGAUGGCCGAUUCCCUAACUGGUGGUCCACUACAAGAGAAUGAUGGCAGCCAUUUCAGUGAAAAGGAUCAGCAUGAAAGCAGGCCUGCAAAGAAAAUUUCUAAGAAGAAGAACAAGGUCAAAAAGGAAAUUACUUCUAUGGAUGACCUUGUCGACUUCAUUCAGUCAUCUGAAUCUGAAACAGCCUCAGAGGAUUGUGAGUUGCCUUAUUAUAAGAAUUUCAUGUUGCUGAUUGAACAACUUGGCAUGGAUUGUAAAGAUUCUGCUGGCUUCUUAAAAAUCCAAAAUAUACUUGUUUCUUAUGAAAGAUUAAGGAAACUUAACAAAAAUCACUGUAAACAACUUACGGGAAAAAUUAAAAAAAUGGAAAAAACGGUUAGUGCACUACAAAGCGAGCUACAAGAAGCCAAAGACGUGACAUCAUGGUUAGAGCAUCAAAAAGUGGAAUGGGAACAUGAAGUAUGCAGUUUGAGAUUUACUUUAAAACAAGAGGAAGAAAAAAGAAGAAAUGCUGAUAUGUUGUAUGAAAAAAUUAGGGAGAAGUUAAGAAGAAUAGAAGACCAAUAUCAGAAAGAAGUUGAAACAAAACAAGAAUUUGAACUCGCUCUUAGAACACAAAACAUGGAAUUGAAGGCCGCAAAAGAUAAUUUGAAUCAGCUUUCUGAUAGUCGUGAGAAAAUACAAGAUCUGUUGCAUAAAAACCACAUGUUGCAGGAUGAAAUCGCCAUGCUAAGACUGGAAAGAGACACCAUAAAAAAUCAGAACCAGAGAAAGGAAACAAAAUAUUGUGAAGACAUUGAAAGUGUAAAGGAAAAGAAUGACAAUCUUCAAAAGACCAUAAAGCAGAAUGAGGAAACAUUAUCAAAAACAAUAUUCCAAUAUAGUGGACAGCUUAAUGUUCUGACUGCUGAGAUUAUGAUGCUAAAGUCUAAACUGGAGAAUGAAAAACAAAAUAAAGAGAGCCUGGAAGCAGAAGUUGAAUCAUACCAUGCUAGACUGGCUACUGCUGUACACAAUCAUGAUCAGAGUCAGACAUCAAGAAGAGACCUAGAAGUUGCUUUCCAGAGAGCAAGAGAUGAAGAUGGUCACUUACAGGACCAGAUGAAUUUUGAUGUAUCUAAACUACAAGAUAACAAUGAAGUUCUUUCUUGGCAACUUUCUCAAGAUGAAAGUAAAUUCAAUGCCCUGGAAAUUGAGCUCCAUCACACAAAAGAUGCUCUCAGAGAAAAGACUUUAGUUUUAGAAUGUGAACAAAGGGACCUAAGCCAAACACAAUGCCAGAAGAUGGAAAUUGAACACAUGUAUCAGAAGGAACAAAGUAAAGUGAAUAAAUACAUUGCAAAGCAGGAAUCCUUCGAGGAAAGGUUAUCUCAACUACAAAGUGAAAAUAUGUUGCUUAGACAGCAACUAGAUGCUGCUCACAACCAAGCUGACAGUGAAGAAAAGCUAGUGAUUAAUAUGCAAGACCAGUUUCAGAAUAUCCAAAAAUACCUUAAAGCUAAAUGUGAAGAACAAGGUCUUAUGCUGGGAGAAAGAAAUAAAGAGUUAAUCGAUGAAUGUAAACAUUUAAAAGAAAGAAUGUAUAAGUAUAAAAAUGAGAAAGGAAAAUUAGAAGUAGUUGUGAGAGAACUUCAACAAAAACUGGCUGAUACUCUGAAGAAACAGUCUAUGUCACACGCUUCCCCAGAGGUUAUAUCACAUCUUCCUCUGGAAGAUGAGACACGGGAUCUCAAGAAGAAAUUAAGUCAAAUCAGAAGUCAAGGUGAUGUCCUUAAAACAAACACUGUGGGGCACCUGGGUGCCUCAGUCAUUUGAGCGACCGACUAGGUCUUGGCUCAGGUCAUGAUCUUAUGGCUGGUGGCUUUGAGCCCCAUGUUGGGCUCCAGGCUGACAGCAUGGAUGCUGCUUGAAAUUUUCUCACCCCCUUUCUAUGUCCCUCCCCUACUCUGUCUCUCUCAAAAUAAAUAAACUUAACCAAAAACAAAGACUGUAGCAAGAGCCAAAGAAUGCUACUAUAUCAUAAUAAAGGGUACAAUGCAAUAGGAAGAUGUAACAAUUGCAAAUAUUUAUGUACCCACCAUGAGAGCACUCAAAUACAUAAAACAAUAAC